UUUGUAAGUGACAGCUAGAUAGGGGGAGGUGGAUUGUCGCUUGGAACGGGCGUUCGGCGACGGUCAUGGUUGAUCGAUCGGAAUCACUGAUUUAUCUACGAUAGUAUCUGAAGGACGAGAUGAUGCGACGGAACCGAUCCGGAUGUUCGCGCAGGAUCCGCAGUUUGCGGCGACGGACGAGGAGUUUUUGCGGAGUCUGGGGAUCGAGAUUCUGUGCCUUGCGGACGAGCGCAACGCGGCCCACGAGUUCCAUGAGCAUGCGUCCUCGACGUUCCUGUACGCCCCGUUCAUGCAGUUGGAGACGCUGCUAGAGGAGUUCCUGGCGACAGAGGAAGAGGGGGUGGUGGAGUGUCCGGCGGUGUUUCUGGGUCCGGACAUGCGGGACGUGACGGAGGCGCGGUGGAGGGUGGCAUUGCGGUGCGGGGAGGGCGAGAAGGGGGUGAGUGAGGGGAAGCUGAGGCGGUUGACGGGGGUGGUGGAGGGGUUUAAUGCCGGGAAGGAGGUGGUGACGAUGCCGGAGUUCGAGCUGCAUGACACGGCGUUGGAUUUGGCGUUCUAUUUCCAACGGGAGGGGGAGGAGACGGAGGAUCAGGGGGCGAAGAACAGCGGGAAGGAGGUCGGGUGAGAAGGGUGUGCACAAUCAGGUCCACCGGGGACUCCAGCAUCCCAUUACUCCUCAUCAUCCUUCUUCGGCUCUACCACCUCAAACGUCACCUCACUCUGAUGCCGCCCCUUUG